AUGGAGUCGGAGAAAACGGAGGAGGAUAAUGGUACGAAGGAAGCAAGCGGAGCGGAAGAAGAUGCUGAUGCGAAGACUUCCGGCGAACAUCAUUCCACACCGGAAACCACAGAGAAGAAAAAGAAGGUCGGAAAUUACAUCCUUGGAAAGACUCUAGGAGAAGGCUCUUUUGCUAAAGUACGCCAAGGCAUCCAUUUAAUCGCCCAUGAAAAGGUUGCUGUAAAAGUUGUCUCCAAGAAGGCGUUAUUGGUGCGAGACUUUGUUCGUAAGAACGUUAGACGUGAGGCCAUUGUGUUACAGAAACUCUCACAUCCAAACAUUAUCAGAAUGUACGAAGUCAUGGAAACGGAGAAUUCUUAUUAUCUAGUCCUGGAGUACGCCGAUUGUGGGGAAUUCAUCAAAUAUUUGUCUAUAAAAAAAUGUCUACCUGAAAAUGAAUGCAAAAAGUACGCCCGUCAGAUAGUUUCUGCCGUGGAUCAUAUGCAUGUGUCUAACAUUGUUCACAGGGAUUUGAAGCUAGAAAAUUUUCUCCUUGACGCAAAUCUGGAUAUUAAGAUAAUAGACUUUGGAUUGAGUAAUGUGUUUUACGGUGACACCUCCCUGUCCACUCAAUGCGGUUCUCCCGCCUACGCCGCCCCGGAAAUCCUCAAUAACCAGAAAUACGGACCCGCGGUGGACAUAUGGAGCGUAGGAGUUUGUCUGUUUGCCAUGCUUGUUGGUUCACUUCCGUUUAUUCCUCAGCCCGCGAACAAUAUAGCACAGCUCAAUUCCCUGAUUCUGAAAGGAUGCGUAAUUCCUGAAACACUGAGCGAAGAAUGCAGGGAUCUAUUACAGUCAAUGUUAACAUCCGAUCCCAGGCGGAGAAUCAAGAUGGAGGAAAUUUUGCGACAUCAGUGGCUUGUAGGAGAAAAUGAGGAGACCGUUUUUCGGCAGUCCGCCAUUUCAAAUCUUCUUCCGCUUGUGCCCCAGGGAUCUGUGAUUAAUUAUAUGACAAAGAUGUUUGAUUUUAAAGAGAGUGAGGUAGUGAAUGCUCUCGGUGAACGUAAAGUGAAUUCUAUUGCAGCAACUUACUAUCUUCUUAAGAAAAGAUUCGAUUCUGGAUUACAUUUAGUGAGUUGUCCACAAAACAUGAGGAAUCAUAGACGCGAAUCUGCGUUUUCUGCAUUCAGCAUUGAAUUAAACAACAGAAACACAAAAUCGUGUCCAACAAAAGAUCAGGGUGUCGAAAGUGUGGAAUCAAAAAGGGUAAAUACAACAGGUGAAAUUAAACACAAUAACUAUAGGAGCUAUCUACAAUAUCUGAAAGUUUCUAGGGAGAGAACAAAUGCAUUCUCGAAGAACAUUUUCCUCCGACGGCAAAAGACAAGAAACUCACUCACGAGGUCGUAUAACAAAGUAGAAAAGAACGAUAACCCUGUUCCCGACCUUAUUACGUCGGAAUCCACAAAACCAGAUUUUAGGCUCACCUACACUCCUAUUCACGCAGACGCUUUGUUUGAGUGGGACAAGGAAGGGUUAAUCCGUAAAGAGAAUAGAAGAGUAAGACCCAAGCUUUCAGAAUCCUUCUCAAAAGACAAACCAAAGAUUCAGAACAAUAAAAACUUACAAAGCUUACCAAUGAUGGUUACCGGUGACAAGAAACGUAGUCAUAUUAGUCAUAUUGGUCAUUCUGUGUAUUCUCCCCCUCCUCCUCCAAAUACAUCUCUAGGCAUGGGGGAUCUUUUAACACCCCCCAAUACGCCACUUGGCCAACGAACUACCCUAGGAACAACCAUUGAUGAAGACUUAGAGAGUCGAGCAGACUUGGAUAUCCCUGUUGCCCCAAGAACUGCACUUUCAUUUAAUUCAAGGACUAAUCACUCCUUGUUAAAUUCGAAACAAAUUUCGGAAUUUGAAACUGUCAAAUCUAUCUCUGAUGAUGAUAAACUAGAAAAGCCAGAUCUUGCCCUGGUUUUAGCUGAUCCAUGCUCUCAAGAAAUUUGGGGAUCGUUUCACAAACAUAAAGCUAAGUUAAUAAAAAGUGGAGUAAUUUCACUAAAUCGAUCAAAAACUGUGUACGCUAAUCCGAUCUCGUCACAGAAAAUGUUGACACCAAGAGACCAUAAAGCAAUAGACGAAGUACAAAAAGCACAGAUAGUUGGAAAAGGGCGUCUUCUUCUUGAACGCAGUUCCACUCGAAUAAGCGUUGGUUUCUCGGACUUCCAAAAACAAAAUUCAUACCUUCCUGAAUAUGCCAAACCAAACACUGCUAUUGGUGGUACAAGGGAAGUAUUCCCGGAAGUAAUAGGCUCUGCAAAAUCUCGAGCCCGAUCCGAUAUUAUAGACUUCGAAAGAAAAGGUGUUCCUAAGUUACCACAAAUGACAAUAGAGCCAAUCAGACAAGACACAGAAUCUGAGAUAGAUAUUCCCGAUAUGCCGCCAUCUCCAACUGCAUACGAAAGACUGAUUGUUGAAGAUGAAACGCCAAUGAUGCGGAUCAGAAUCACAAGUUCAUUAAAACAUUAAUUAUAUAUUGUCCAAAAAUUCAAAUUAUAUGUGAUUUGAUUUCA